AUGCCAGCGCGCGUCUUUGACAUUAAAAAAAUGAAGAGCGAAAGAGAGAAAAUUCUGACGCAUGCCGAAGUAAAAGGCCUUAUGGAGGCCUGCCUGCAGGGCAGCCUGUCGACGCAAGCGCAGACCAUGAAGUAUGCUGUGCACUCGGUGGUGAACAGGCCCAGCGCCCCUGCCGAGCUCAAGGAGAAGCUAACCUCCUUUGGCAUAACCGAGUUUGAGGCUGUGCAGCUUCUAAACGCCCCGCCGAAGAAAGUGCUUGAUCUGUACGUUGUUGUAGAAGAGCUGGAGGAGAGGCUUACCGAAGAGGCGGUUGGAGAAAUUCUGUCUAUUCUUUCUUCUUACGCAGAAUAG